AUGGCGCCAGUGUUGCCCUCGGGAAAGGGAACGAUGCUCUCCCUUUGGCAGCGUACGCCUGCUUCAGACAAAGGUCCCGACGACUUCUUCGUCGUCAAAGAUGAUACCAAGAAAGACUUUACGACUGUCGACCCCACCAAGGACUUCAAUGUGCAGUGGUACGGAGGGAACCUUCAGAUGAGAUAUUCCGACUUCGACAAGGAGAAGGGCUGCUUCAAGAUCACGCUGAAGCACGUUGAUGACGAUGAACUUCGUAUCUGGGUCUCUGCCGAGAACAGCAAAAAGCGAGACAUAGACACCUUGAAGCAUGAGGAGACGUCCAAGACCUUAUGCACAAAGUAG